UUUCAAUCAACAGCGGUACGAGGCGUUGCCUCGUAUGGUCCUCCGCAAGAAGCAUGGGGGAGGUGCGAAGCCUACCGCCAUGGGGAAGAAGGAGGCAGAACCGCCCAGUGACCCGAACCAGGAGGCUGGACUCUCCCUCGACGAAUACUUCAACACAAAGAAGGAGUACACGGUGCAGUCAAUGAAGGAAACGUCGGAGCUUCUCGAGAAGAAGGAGGCCAAGCUCAAGCACGAUAACGCGAUGGUCAUGACAAAAGAUGAUGACGACGAUGAUCUAAUGGCGGAAUCCAUCAGCACAAUUCCGAUUUGUCCGAUGCACGGAGGGUCCAACGACGCAGACACAGAAGAUGACCCAUACGAAGACGACUACGAGUCCGAUUCUGGGGCCACAGAAACAAAUACGACUGUCGCUGGGCUGUCAUUAAGCGACUACUUGACCGGUAAGCAUCUGGCACCAAAGGAAAAACCGGGCAAGAAGGCUGCCCCGACAAAAAAGCAUGGAGCGGUCGAGGAUAUCGAAGGCAUGUCUCUCGAGAGUUAUUUGGGCGCGGUGCCGACGAGUAUGGAUGAGUAUGACAAGAAAAAGAAGAAGGCCACACAGGCUAUAAAGGCAACCGCGGCCGGUGCAUCCAUCGGUGGCGGCAAGCUCGCCCUCGUGCGACAUCACGAUCUCAACACAACGAUCAAGAAGAAGGUGUCGGCACCGAACGUUAGGAAAUCCAACGACAUCUCAGCCAAGAAGGUCGUGAGCGACACGGACGUACUCCACUUCAAGCGCGACAAGUCGCACAUGGACAAGGCAGCGCACAAGUCCAAGAACUCAACCAAAGCCUUGUCUCAUCACACCAAGGGACACCACGCCGUCAUGUCGAGUUGGCGAAAAGAUGUCUGCACUCAAGUCAUGGACGACGACGACAACGGGGACACGACACUGUUUCAUCCGCUGCCUAUACUGGCGGGCAACAAAUCCGGGUCCCUCGAUCCGCUCAGCUCGAUCUCGGACGAGCUCGACAUUUCACGACUUCCGCCACUACCGCAUUAGAAUCUCGUAUGGGGUCAAAAACAAUAGAACGUUUGAUAGUGUA